AUGCAGAUUUUCCCAGAAAGUGUGAGGAAGCGUUGGAAUUAUUGGGAGCUACGGUUGUUGGUUCUUCUUAGUCUCUUUUUGCAAAUCAUUCUCAUCAUCUUUGGUAAUUGGCGAAAGUACAGCGCUAGAAAUUGGAUUAAGGUUGUUCUCUGGUUGGCAUACUUGUCGGCAGACUGGGUUGCAACUGUUUCACUCGGCAUCCUCUGUAAUAACCAAGGGGACUCUGACUCACUGAGCCCAGAUAACGUGAUGAUGGCAUUUUGGGCUCCAUUUCUUCUUGUGCACCUUGGCGGCCCAGACACCAUCACUGCCUACUCCUUAGAAGAUAAUGAGCUAUGGCUGAGGCAUUUGCUUGGACUAGUCGUUCAGGUUGGAGUGGCAUUUUACAUCUUUCUCAGGUCUUGGACAACAAGGAGUUACCACCUUAUGUUGCUAGCCAUUCCAAUGUUUAUUGCUGGAAUUGUAAAAUAUGGAGAGAGGACUUGGGUUCUUCGAUCUGCAAGCUAUGAUCAUUUUGAGGAGUCGUUGCUUCCUCGUCACAGCCAGAGUCAUCUCAAAAUCAAGAGGCAUAAGUUGCCCCCUCCAAGGCCAAAAAGUCCUAAGCAUACAGAAGUGGAAGUUGUGACAGACUCAUCUAUGGAAGACGAAGUUAUAAGGAACAGUAGUAAUUCUGAAACCAAAAUAUACCAGGAUGCUUUUUUCUUCUUCAAGAAUUUCAAGCGUCUCUAUGCAGACCUCAUUUUUUCUGAGUACGAGAUCCAAGAAAGCCGAGAUUUUUUCAUCAAUCAGUCAUUAGAAGAAGCUUUCAAAGUGAUCAAGCUUGAGCUUGGGUUUAUGCUUCUUGAUCAUUGA